UAAAAUGCCUUGCUGUUUCUCUCUCCAGAAACACACACUAGGACAGCCUUCUCUCUCACUCUAUGUUUCUCUCUCUCUAUUUCGCGGAAACCUAAAGUGGUGACGACUAGGGUUUUCGGGAGUUUCGCCAUCGAAUUACUCACAAAUGGCUUCAAAUCUUGAUAUCUUAAACAUGAAUAGCCAUGAUGAAAAGAGAAUUUUCCCAGUAGAUGCCCAAGGGAACAAUGCUUCUUCUGUACUAAACUCCAGCAGCUCCACCAUUAAGAUUGAUUCAUUAUGUAUCAAACUUGGCUUUGUCAAGGAGAAGGGUGAUGCUGAAAAAUGUAGCCAUUUUUCUAUAAGAGGUUAUGUUUCUGGGAUGCGUGAAAAAGGUAGCAGCAACUUCCUACCUUUUGCUGAAGCACUUCCUCCUAUGGAUGUCCCAAAUUUUAAAUAUUGGCUUUGUCAAAGUUGUGUGCAUAACUGUGGAAAUGCAAAAACCUCACAUGAGACUCCAGUAGUCUCUGUGUGUGAUCAAAGUAUGAUCCGAUCAUGUGUAAGGUCUUUCCCUCAACAAGAUUGUGGAGUAGCAGUGCUCCCUUUUGGUGAAGGCACUUCAGGUCUUAAGUCUGUUGAUAAUACGAAAGAUAAUGAUAAUGAUGAUGAUGAUGAAAAUGUCCUUCAUGCUUUUGGAGUCAAUAAAAGUCAACACUCUCAAGAAAUCCCUGUUGAUAACGCAGUUCCUAAAGAACCAGUUAAAGUUAGUGACACCAAUGUUGCUUCAGAGGCGAAUGCAGGUUUAUUAUGUAGGAAAGAGAGCAAUGAUGGGAGAGAUGAUGAGUAUCAACAGCAAGAUAAUGUAGUAAUAGAGACAAUAACUGGUGUUGUGGGAACUCCAAUCCAAUCCAGUCAGCAAAAUGAUCAAUCAAAUGGACAUACAAGACGAAAGGCUCGUAAAGUGCGUUUAUUGAAGGAGUUGCUGUGUGGAAAUAAUGAAAUCCAGCAAAGAGAAAAGGAAAAUUCUAAUACUGACUUGGAUCCAAAACCAUGUAAUCCAUUGCCAACUUCUUCCUUGAUUAAAAGGAAAGUGCCACAUGAUCAAGAUCAGAUACCUGUUGAUAUAACCACUCCUGUGAAUGCUUGUAAAAAAACAAAGACCUUUAAAGGGAAUGCAGUUGCAGUUGCAAAAACCACCAUUGUUGAUCAACAUUCUAAAGAUCCAGAAGCCACUGAAGAUACACCAAACGAUAAUAGGACUCAGAAGAACUCCAAUGUUGUGCUACUGCCAGUGGUGCUUGUAAACCAACUUGUGAUAUCUCAAAAGACAGAGGAAGCGGACCCCACUCAAACUUCAUGGCCCCACAACAUCCGGAGAAAAAAGGAAUAUUCAAGGAGAGAAAAUGUAGAUGAUUGUUCUAGAACAAAAGAUGGCAAGUCAGAAACGGAAUUAGGGCUUAAUCUUUCUUUAAAUCAUGACCCACAAACACUGAUCAAUCGUCCUCUCACCAAAGAUAAUCAUAGAAAAGAUAAUUUGUUCUUUGGGGAUUUGAGAUCAAGAAUUCAUAAUUGGAUUCCAUAUGAUUCAAAAUCAAAAAAGGGAUCAGUUCAUGAUGUCAGCAAGGGACAUGCUAUUGCUACUAAACCAGUACAGCAGCCCUAUACAUACGGGAGUUUCUCUGGGCAUCAGAAAUUGGAUUUCUCUGAUCCACACAAGAGGAAAACUGGAGUUAAAGGAUACUCAGAUGUAAUGGGGCCUUAUAAUCGUCAAAGAAAAGGAUCAAUGGUGAUGUUGGGGAGAUCAGAUGAAACUGAAGUUGUUGAACUCUUGGCAAAAAAUCAAUUCGAGAGAAACUUAUGUGAAGCUAGAAGUAGUAGUAGCAAUAACACUUUCAUACCAAAUGUAUCAGGUUUACAUAAUAUCAACAUUCACAAACAUAUGACAUCAUCAUCAUCAUCAUCACAUCAAGACGAUCUCCACCCUUCAACGAGUGAGAAACCCAAUAUGGGUCCCACCACCAUGAGAAAUCAAGCUUCUGGAUUCUUCAAUCAACAACUUCUUGACUUCAAUGAGUUUGAUGGAAAUUGGAGACACAAUAACUCACGUUACAAUUGUAUACCAAUACCAAAGAAGAAAAAGAAAACUCCACCCCUCGUCUCUUACCAGUUUCUUAAGCCAAAUCUUACCAACGGAUAUACAAAAUGCUCAGAGAAAGAUAAUCAAAAGGGAAUCAUGGAUUUGGAUCUGAAUGUUGUGGCUCCAAAUGUUAUUGAAGAACAAAACAGUUUCCAAUCUUUAAAUCCGACAUCAUCCAAACAACAUCAUCUGAAAAAGAUACAUUCGUUAGAUUCUUCAUAUCCAAAUGAAACAAUCCCUGCGAUGCAAUUACUUAGUUUAAUGGAUGCAGGAAAGUCAAAUCAUCGGGUGAAUAAUACAGAUGAAAGAAAGCUUCCAAAACCACUUUCUCCAUGUUACACUCAUUGCAGUAGCUCAAACAUGAUCAAUGGAAAAACAAUACCAAUACCCAAUGCUCAGUUCCCAAAACCAAGACGAGAGGAAUCUUAUGUUUUUCCUGUUCCAUGUCAUGUGAGUGAAGAUCGAAGUGAAGGUGUCACUUUAAGAGAUAGAAUUGAGCCAAUUGGGACUCAUGAGAUUUGUACAAUUAACAAAAACCCAGCUGAUUUUAGUACACCAGGACCCGAAAAUGUGUAUAUGAUUAAUGUUGAAGAUCUGGUAUUCAGAGGGGAGAAGGGAAAAUCAGCAACAGAAAAUGCUAAUGGACCAAAAAGGCAAAAAAGAUCAUAA